AUGAUAGGUGAAGAGUAUAUACAUGAUUUAUAUCCGUCUGUGUUGGCAACGGAUGCAUCAGGAGCAGGGAUGGGUGGAAUAUUACGCCAAAUAACACUGGAUGGUACAAAAGCCAUUAAAUAUUUAUCUAAGAAGUUCAAUCCUGCACAACAAAAAUACUCUACUACCGAAAAAGAAUGCAUGGCUAUUCAUUUUUGUGUUAAACAAUUAAAGCCAUAUUUAUGGGGGCAUGAAUUUACGGUAGAAACAGAUCAUUGCCCAUUAUGCAAUUUCCACCGUAAAGCGUCGAACAAUAGUCGUGUUGAUCGAUGGUCACUGGAUCUGUCGGAAUAUGAUAUCACCGAGAUUAAAUACAAGAAAGGGAGAUGCCAUUGUGAUGCCGACUUACUAUCAAGGUAUCCGUACAUGCAAGAGGAUAGCGAAGAAGGUCAACAAGAUAUAACAACGCGUCGAUUUGAGUCAACAACCAAAUUAGACGGACAACAUCAAUUAUCGCAAGUAAAUGCUGUUACAAGGUCAAUGACCAGUUUGAAGAAUCAAUUACCAACAGGAGAUCGAGAUCAGAAAGCCAGAAUAAGAACAACAAAGGAUCAUCCAGCUCCAUCAUUAUUAUCAACUGGAUGGCCACAAAAAGUAGAAAAAAUUAAACAAGUGAAUAAAAAUUCGGCUAUACCCGACCUCACAAUUGUCGAUGGAAUUUUAUAUAAAUUAGUGAAUCGAGGUGGUAUAACAAAAAGAAAGCUGCCAUUUAUACCAACAUCCAUGGUACAACAAAUAUUAUCGUUAAAUUCUGACCAUCCAUUAAGUAGUCAUUUUGGCACUCGUCGUACCUUCAACAAGAUUAAAGAUGAAUAUUAUUGGCCACAAAUGUUUGAUACAGUACAAGAUUAUGUACGGUCAUGUGAAAAGUGCGCGAAAUUUAAUGUUAAACGAACAAAGAGUCCGGGAUUUUUACAACCAGUACCACCACCUGAAGGUGUUUUUGAGGUGUUACAUAUGGAUUUUUGGGGUCCAACACCCGUACCAUCAGUUCAAGGAAAUCGAUACGUAUUGGUAUUUACCGACAGUUUAUCGAAAUUUGUUUUCGCUAAAGCGUUACCAACAAAUACAGCCAAAGUGGCAGCAGAAACAUUAACGGAAAAUGUCAUCAUACCCCAUGGGACAAUCAAAUGUUUAGCAUCGGAUCAAGUUUCUCAUUUUAACAAUGAGUUACUGAGAACGAUAACAACGCUGAUUGUGGUGUUAAACAAUCGUUUUCAAUCCCACACCAUCCUCAAUCAAACGGACAGAAUAGUUGCGAACAAUGCAGCACGAUUUAAUAUUCAACAGCAACAAAAAACAUCAAAGCAACGAUACGAUAAAGGUAGGAAACAUUCAGUAUUUGCAGUUGGAGAUUUAGUAUGGGUGGGAUUUAGUAUGAGACAAUCCCAUAUGCAUUAG